UUCAAAGGUCAAGCUUUCGCGCGAGCUCAGUUGUGCCGUUGGGGUUUGUUUCCUCCCUCGACCCCGUCUUCACCUCACCGGCGGCGCGGAUGUCGCCUAAUAAUAAUAACAACAGCAGUAACAACAAUAACAUCGUUCGGCUCGGCUUCUGCCUUUUCGUCGCUUGAAAAAAAAUACCAUUAUUAUUAUUCUUUUUUUUGGGGGGGGAACCAUGAACGACGAAGUGGCGGAUGUCGGGGCGAAUAUCAGCUACAGCGAGAACGGGCAGAGCGACACGGACGCCAACCGGUCACCCGGUGCCGUGACCCACCAGGAGCUGACCACGGUGCCCAUGGACGCCGCCUCCUUCUACGAGGUCGACGUGGACGUGGAGGGACUGGACGACGACGAGGAGAUGGACGACGGCGGCCGUGGAGGAGAAGGCAGAGCCGCCGGCGAGGCGCGGCAGGAGAGCUCGGAGCCGAGGGAGGCCUCGGAGCCGAGGGACAGCCCGGGGGAAGCCAACGAGGAUGAGGAGGACGACGAGGACGACGAGGACGAGGACGACGAGGCCGGGGAGAAAGUGAUCAAGAAGUGCAUUUACCAGGGCUGCACCGAGUCCACCACACAGGUGGCCAAGCAGAGGAAACCCUGGAUGUGCAAGAAGCACCGCAAUAAAACCUACAAGGAGAAGUACAAGAAGAAGAAGAGCGUCAAGGCGGCGGGUGGCACAAACAAGAGCGAUGAUGAUACAGAGGAAAGACCUGCAUCUGUUACUAAACAGCGCCUGAGCUGUAUGAUGACUGAGCAUCAGACAAAUCGCAAAGCAAGUCUUCUUGAGCAAGUUUUAAACCAAAAAAGAUUGUCAUUACUGAGAAGUCCUGAAGUGGUACAAUUUCUCCAGCAUCAGCAACGAUUACUAAGCAACCAGGCCAUCACUCAGAGACACCAGCAGCUUCAAGAAGCCCCAAUAUGACCUUUCAGUUUCCACCUGCCUUCUGUGAGGAUGGGAUAGCAGAAGACCUGAAGGUUUGGAGGAAUGCACAAGUGAUGCCGCUGACUGAACCUAUUUUUAAUCUAAAUAAAUGUCCCAUCUAGUGUAGAAAUUUUUUUAUUUCAUGUGUUUUGAUAAAUAUUAAUAUUAGAAGAAAAUGUCUUUGAAUGGGAUGCUGUCAAUUUGUUUGAACAUUUGAUACUUUUGGUUUAACUCUACUCUUGGUCAUGCUCGGCCAGAAUGACCCACCAAUAUGCUGUUCAUUCGUGAUUUUGGUAUGUGUGCCUGUGACAUGAUUUUAAAUGUAUUCUGCGCCGAGCAGUGUUUUGUUGGAGAAGCAAUUGGCAUCUUGGCUUGGAACAAUUGUACGGAGCAAUAGCCAAAGGUAACGGAGCUGUGGGAUUGCAGUUGGGCCUCGUUUGGAUCAGUGAAUGAGUUGCAUGGAGCUUAUCUGAAUAUACCAGAAUCCCUGCUGUUUAUAUUUUCCGAGCCCCUUUGAUGUUCUGCUAUGACCUUCCAGAAACAUUGUCCAAUUGCUCAAAAAAGCAUUGUUUGAUAUCAAAAUCUGACUGAUUUUUUGCUUUUACUGCUGAGAAAUGUUUUAAAUUCAAGACUUGCCUUGUAAAUGAGAAAGGGAAUCUUUAUGCACUAUUUGUUUGUAGAUGCUAUUGCUGUUAAAUUUUACUGUAUAUAGUUAAGAUUUUACUUUCGCAUUUUUCUCUCUUUCUCUUCCCCCCCCCCUCUCCAUGUGACAAGCGAGUGGCCUUUUUGUGGAUAAAGGAAUGUGGAGUUUAUUAUAUAUAUAUAUGUGUGUGUAUAUUUGCUUUGGAGUUGCAACUAUCAAUUACAUUUUUUAUAUGCUUUGCAGAUAUUUUAAGCAUUUCAGUAAGAUAUUACUCUGCUGAAAUCCAAUUUGAAAUUGGGUGGACAUUAUUAAGAAAGAGACAAGUUGAUCUUGUGUGUGUUGAUUAUUUUUAGAAUUACUGUAUUUUUAAGUAAUAUUAAAAUAUGGAUUGUUAUGAGUCAUUGAGAAUUUGAAAGUUUGCAAAUGCAUACAGCAUUUUCUAUUUAACAAUAUUUUGUAGCCUAAACUAAAACUGAAAUUAAUUAUGCUUGUUAUGUAUGCAUUGAUGUAAAAGAUAAUGUGCAACAGCCAUGUAUGUAUUCUUGUUAGUUAAAUAGAUUUGCUGUAAUAUAUUUUCUAGCAUCAAUGUAAAAUCUGCAACAUACCACUGGUAGUGGUAUAUUAAAAACAUCGGGUUCCAUUAGGUGUGCACCAUCAAGAAUGAAUGUUGAUUGUAUGUCAGUUUUCCUCUCGACUAUUCAAACCAGCAUUUGGUCCUAAACCCUCGAAUUGUUCUGUAAUUAAAGUGAUGAUUAUUUUAAUCAUUGUGAGUAAAAA